AUGAUGCACAAACUGGCACCCGAGCUUGUUGCAGCAACGCUCCAUUAUGUCGACACGCUCUCCCUCGCCCGCCUGUCCCAUGUCAAUUUUUCUCUACGAGCACUGUGUCAAGCGGAACUACGCAACAGGAUAGUCAGGGAAGUGGGGAAGCACGUUAAGGAUCCCAGGCGUCUCCUGACCAUGUUAGGAGAAGCGGGCGGUGUGGUAUCAGGAUCGACGGCCUUGGCGGUUGCACUUGCUGGGUCGGCGUGGGACGACGUCGGUGGGUGGCAGAGCAUGAGCGACUUGGACGUAUACCUGCCCGGCGAAGAACAUCUGCUUCCUCUGGUUACAGCUCUGUGCGAAACAGAGGGCUACGAGGCGGUAGAUCUGCCGAACAAGGACGACCAGUCGUACUGGGAAGACCAAGCACGCAUACGCUCCAUCACGAGGCUCCGCAACUCCACGUAUUCAACCCACAUCGACAUCAUCUGCGCAUGGGGAGGAGCGGCCACACUCACUUUACCAGCCUUUUGGGGCACCAUUGUCAUGAACUUCAUCACAAACACGGCGCUGGUCGUAUCGUAUCCAGGCCUCACCUUCGAAGGACGAGGAUUUGUGAACGACGGAGUCCAACGCGAUCGCACGGAGAGAAACCGUCGGAAGUACGAGAGCAGAGGGUUCACGGUGGGAGCAUAUAAACACGACGACGAGGCGUGCUCCAGUGACCAUACGUACUGCCCUUCGCUUCUACGAUACACGGAAGACGCGCAAAGCAUGAAGAUGAUAUGGAACGACGAAGGCGCAAGACGAAAGUAUCACGCGAACUCACCGGCGCUGAGGGGUACGGAGUUCACGACAACACCUUCGUUCUGGAGGUGGUCACACUGCGAGAAGAUAACGGGCGACCAUGGCGGAGGAUACAUGGUCGGGCGAUUGUAA